GUAGUGGGUGACGCGGAUGUGGAGGACGUGUCUGCUUCCUGCUCUGCUGAGUUCUGCUGUUCUGUCUGUUCUCUCACUUCUUUCACUUCUCUCUGAGUAUCACUGAUCCUUUUAUCAUCUAAAGAUGAGCCCCCCGCAAACAGACACCUCCACCCUCUGUCUGUUCGACGUGGACGGGACCCUGACAGCAGCUCGGCAGAAAGUGACUCCACAGAUGCAGCAGUUCUUAACCAAACUGAGACAGAGAGUACGAGUCGGGGUGGUCGGAGGCUCAGACUUGAGCAAGAUCAAAGAACAGCUGGGUGAAGACGUAAUCCAGCAGGCGGAUUACGUUUUUGCUGAGAACGGGUUGGUCGCCUACAGAUUUGGGGAACUCCAUUCUGUACAGAGUAUUCAGGCAUAUCUGGGAGAGGAGAUUUUACAGGACUUCAUCAACUUCUGCUUAAAUUACAUGGCAAAGAUUAAACUGCCCAAAAAAAGGGGAACAUUUAUUGAGUUUCGGAAUGGAAUGCUGAACGUUUCUCCCAUUGGUCGAAGCUGCAGUCAGCAGGAGAGAAUCGAGUUCUUUGAACUUGAUAAGAAAGAAAAGAUCCGGGAGAAGUUUGUGGCCGUUCUACAGGAAGAAUUUGCUGGGAAGGGUCUUGCCUUUUCUAUUGGAGGGCAGAUCAGCUUCGACGUGUUUCCGGAAGGCUGGGAUAAGCGCUAUUGUUUGGGAAUUGUGGAGAAGGACUCGUAUCAAACCAUUCAUUUCUUUGGGGACAAAACUAAACCAGGAGGAAACGACUAUGAGAUUUACGCGGACCCCCGAACGAUCGGCCAUGAAGUCACGUCCCCUGAAGACACACAGCGGAUCUGUGAGGAACUCUUCUUCAGCUGAGACGUCCUGUUCAUCUCCUCUGAGCUCCACAAUCAACCCUGUUCUACCAAAGAACUGUGAUCUUCACGUCUGUACUGUAUGAUUUACCCUCUGUGACCUCCAGCCGUCACAUUACUGAUCGUAUAUCUGUUUGUUUUACCUGUAAUUGAGAAGUUGAUCUACAAAUAUGGAUAUUAGGAAGAAGUCUCAAGAAGUCUGGUUCUUUUAAGACUUUAAACUCAUUAUGAUGAUGAUGAGGAGGAUGAAGAUAAGGAUGAUGAUGAUGAUGAUGAUGAUGAUGAUGAUGAUGAUGAUGAUGAUGAUGAUGAUGAUGAUGAUGAUGAUGGAACUGAGAGAAGUGUUGAACUUCAGAUACAGUAUCAGAACUUCAUCAGAACUCAUGCUCAUUUUGUUUGUCCUUGUUCCUUGUCCCACCCUUGUCCAAUCAGUGACCGACAAGAGUUCUGAUUUAAUAAUGUCCUCACUUUGAAGCGCAUCUUAUUUAAUGUGUGUCAUGUCGGCUGUUGCACAGAGGGAUGAAGGAAAGCAUGUUUUUUAACUGGAAAAUCCAGGGUUUUUGCCUGUUUUGAGAAUCUGUGCCAUAGUCUAUGUGUAAUCUUCAUAUAAUACCCUAAGGCAUAUCCUGAUGCACAACUCCAAGUACAGAAGUAUAACUUGACGUUGCAGCGACACAGACCACAGCAACGGUUGGUUCCCUGAGCAUAAAUAUAAACGCAAAUGAAUCAGAUGGUUUUAAGGGGCAGCGUUUUUCACGUGGGCAAGAGCUGUGAGCGGUGAGGUUAUUGUUUUUUAUUAUUUGUCUUUGGGAGUGAUGGGACGUUUAGGUUGGUUUUAACUAGGGAUGCGUCAAAUAUUUGGCAAACAAAAUUAUUUGGCAAAAAUGCAAAAAAUGAAUUAUACUGAACAUACUGUGCUGUCUGCUCGAAUAUUAAAAAAAAAGUUCAGUGUUCAAUAAUUAAAUAAUUAUUUAAAAAUAAAUAUUUUUUUAAAAAGCAAGACAAAAAUACAUUUAGACUGAUAUACGCAUAGUUAAAAAGGGGGCAAAAUUAAUGUAAACUGCAGAAAAACAUGUUGGGUAUUUAAAUAUUAAUUAUUCAGCCUAAUGUUAAAUUUUUGUUUGAUACAGGGUGAAAAGUUGAACUGCAUCCCUAGUUUUAACAAGACAUGAACAGUUGCCUGAACAAUACCUGGAAGAGCUGUGUACAAACCCGUGCUUUAUUCACUAUUAACCACAGGUCAUUGCCGUGUGACAGCAGACUGCAUCGCAUGAACAAUCUGAACGUCUGUCUCGAAGAAAAGCUGUGUGUAAAUCUGCAAACCAAACCAUGUAAAGAAUGAAUGAAUUAUGGGUAUUCCAUGUUUGAUUUAGUAUGUGAUCUGUAUGUUAUAUAUUAUGGUAAAUGGAAAAUUGGCCACUACAUUUUCAGACACCAAAACAAAACGUCAGAAACCCAAAGUAGAGCAGUGUAUAGUGAAGAGGACACAAAUGGUGUGUCCGGGUCAUGCACUAUUUUAACAGCAUCACCUCAUGCCUCAUUCUCCAGCUGUAAUAACUAGAUUGUGUGAAAGGAGAACUCCUGAUAAUAUCAGAACUUUAUUAUCAGGACAUUUUCCACAUUGAUGUGUGAAAACAGCUUAGGUUUGUUUUAUGUUACUGAAAAACUGAAUCCAUACAAUCAGGAGCCGUUUAGCAUUAAAGCUACUUUUAGUAAUAAAACUUCCAAAUUUUAGUGUUGUCAUUAAGGAAUAGAUUUAAAAAAAAAAAUUAACCUGUUUUAUUUCUUACUCAAAAUGCAGCGGAUCGACCAAGACAUUCAGCUUCUUUAGAGUUUAGAACGGGUUAUGCUAUGCUAACAAACACUGUGUUUUCUGUUAAUACAGGGAAAUCUUUAAAUGAAUUCCUUAAAAAUCAAGCAAACAGCUACAUAAACUGUUUUUAAGAAGGCAAGUAGUAAAACCACGUCAGACCAUAUUCAAGCAUUUAAAGUAAAGGAUAAAGUAUGUUAUCAUAGUUGUAGUUGUAGUACUAUUCCAUCAUUUAACAGCAAUCAGAAUGUUUGUUAGCAUAGCUAAUGAUUCUUUAUAUAGAACAUUAGCUAAUAAAAUCUACAAUAAGGGUAAUUUGGCGUCUUCCACAUUCUGUAUUUAGGAGUUAAAAGUGGUUCUAAACCACACUGAUUAUUAUUGACAAGCUAAAUAGUUGUUGGACCCCUAAUUUUAAGUGAGGUGUGUAUUUGGUUUGUUUACAGUGGAAACCCAGUUAGAAACACACUUCAGUGUUUUUUCAUUAUUUAAAAUGUUCUGGAUUGUAGAUUAAUGCUAAACUCAUCCAAACUAUGAAGGAAAACAUGGAAUUAAUUAAGAAAGAACAAAAAGUGUUAAACAAACUAGAAUGUUUUAUAUUUUAGAUUCUUUAAAGUAGCUCCUCCUCCUAAGAUUCUCAGUCAGCUUUAUGAAGUAGAGUCACCUGGAAUGUCUUUCAGGGAAUGUUCUAAUCCAUAUUUUGGCAAGAACUACUCAAUUAAGUACUAAAAUAAAUUAUUUUAAUAAAUGAAGGUCAAUCAAUCUGAAAAAAAUUCAAGAACUUUGACGUAUCCUCAAGGGCAGCUGCAAAGACCAUUAAAAAAUGUUAUGAUGAAACUGGCUCUCAUCAGGAAGUUACCAGCCUCUGAAACUGCAAGUAAGCAGCUCUCCAGAUAAGAGCAGCUAAAUGCUUCAGAGUAUGUUUUGGUUUGUUUAACACUUUUGAAGUUACUACAUGAUUCCUAAUGUGUUUCUUCAUAAUCUGAAUGACUUUAGUGUUCAUUUACAGUGUAGAAAUGAAAUAUUAAAUAUUGAUAAGACGUGUCCAAACGUUUAACUGGAAAGUGUGUGUACACACACACACUGGAAAUGGUUAAUAUAACGUGCUGAUGAAUCCUCAGUUACAUGACUAAUUCUAUGCUACAUAAGUGAGGGUAAUAAAAGUAGAUUUAAGCACACUUGUUACUAAACUGGUACUUUUAUUUGGAAGAGAAAUCAUAGAUGCUAAAGUUGAAUGUGUUUUAAGACUUCUUAAACCUGACUUACACUUUAUAAUGUCUUUAUAAUGAUUUUUUGCAGUAGUAAAUAAUUCAGUUGGUUUAUAUUAAGGUGUAUUUGACGGUAAUAUUUCACCAGUGAGAGGAUUUUUAUGGGUUUACUGUAUAUGGAACUGUAGUAAAGGUUAGUCUUGCGGGUCUGAGGACAGGUAAAGGUAUAACUAGUUUAUGGGAUUUGUGUGGAUGAAUUAAUGCUGUAUAAAGUUAUUGUUACUGAAUUUUUAAUAAUGUACCUGGUUCUUUUAAACAUCUGUGUGUUUAUGUUUGCUUGCAAAUGUCAUAAAAGUACAGCAGAACUGCUAUUAUUGUUCUAACACCAUUAUGAAAAAAAUAAUAUAUACUACAUGUUGGAGGAACAGGUUAUAUCAGUUCAGUGAAUGUACAGAAUAUGCAAUCUGUUGAAUGACUUCUUUUUUAAAUAAACUGUGAAACUGCUCA